AUGGAAGUAAAAUUGUGCACAUUCCUCUUAGUACAACUCACACAAUUGGCAUUUUAUGUAAAUGGACAAAAUACGGCAAAAGAUUUUCAUCAAGUAGAUGACGAUGCGGCUAAAACAAAUAUAAACGAUAAUGUAGAUCGUAAAGCAUUAGAGCUAAUUAAUCAUCCCAGUAAAGAGGCCAGGGAUUAUUUUCUGCCACCAGUUUUCCCCAAUAAUGAUGAAACGGUUGAAGAUGAAGAUGACGAUGAAGAACAUUCUUAUUUGGAUUAUGAUUAUGAAAAUAAAGAUGAAAAUUACAGAGACACGUCAGACAUAACCCAUAUACCUGGUAUCUCACAAGGUGCUAUACCAGUUGAUGAUAAAAUUCCUAUACAUACAACUAAAGAUAAUCUUCCCAUAUUCUUAUUAGAACCUGAAAACACUUAUGUAGUUAAAAAUAAAGCUGCAACAUUAAAAUGUCGCGCUGCUAAUGCUUUAGAUGUUUAUUUUAAAUGUAACGGUGAGAAAACAGAAGCAGUCAAUUUCGAAUUUGUUGAUCCUCAAACUGGCGUGAGAAUUAUCGAGGGUGAAUACAAAGUAACUAGGGAGCAAGUAGAGGAAUAUUUUGGAAGCGACAAAUACCAAUGCUCUUGUUUCGCAUGGACCAGCCAAGGUCAAAUCAGGAGUCAACCUGCUACUAUUGAGUUAGCUUAUAUAAAGAAACAUUUCUCAGUGGCACCUCAGUCUCAGCUGGUUAAACAAUACUCACCAGUUACGUUUCGUUGUGAACCGCCACCAGCGGCACCUUUUGCUCAACUCUACUGGCUCAAGAACGGCGCGCCGGUAGUUGUUGAUGACAAUGUACAAAUCACCAAGGAGGGAGAUCUUGUCAUCAAACAAGCUUCUUUACUGGAUAUGGCGAACUACACCUGUGUUGCCGAAAAUUUAGCCGGGAAAAGGAUGUCCGAGCCUGCGCUCCUGACUGUUUUUGUCAACGGUGGCUGGACGACGUGGUCCACAUGGGUAGACUGUUAUUGUGCUGGGCAUCCGAGAGAAAGACGCGAAGGUCGCGCUGGUCGGAGAAGGGAAAGAACUUGCACAGCGCCGAGACCUCUCAAUGGUGGACAGCCGUGUAUCGGACCCAGUGUUCAGAAGACUCAAGAUUGUGUGGACUGUGAUUUAGAUGUUUACGUGGAUGGAAUAGAUGAGUUAGCGGAUGAAUCGCCAGAUAUUGUAUUAGGACGAUGGUCGCAAUGGUCUGAAUGGUCAAGGUGCGAUACUGAUUGCUUACAAACGAGAAGGCGACGAUGUCUCACCAGCACAGCUUGCUUGGGAAAAGAUUAUCAAGUUGCCCAAUGUCCGCAUUGUGUUAGAACUUCCAAAUCUGAAAUGAUUACUGACGGGUCGUCAUACUGGCCUCUAUUUAUUGCUCUGUCCAUUGCAUUUCUAAUAUUUAUAAUUGUCGUCAUAUUGGGAAUAAAGUACAUGAAGUUUAAGAUGGCUGAAAAUUCUCCUUACGUAAAGCCACCUCCAGGUACUCAAUACUUUGGUAGCGUCUUAAAGAGGACUCUGACCAACCAACCAGAUUUAACGAUACAUGAGGAGUUUCAUACAAUUGACUCGAGAAGAAAUCGUCGACAUACAGGUGCUUCAAGUAACGCACGACAAGAGCACCUGUAUGAGGUGCCGCAGCUUGCUAAUAGCUACAUUUCACCAAUUGACCACGAGGUAAGAACUGAUCGUAACGGCAGCGAAAGGAAUUACGCUUGCAAGGAUAAUGUAGAGUCAGAUAGGUCUGACUCCAGCUGCUUUUUGAGCUCCGGUUCGUCGUAUGGUCAUGAAAGUGUAGAAAUAUCACCGUCUUUAAAAAAUAACGCAUCUGUUGAUUCUAAAUUUCUGGGCAUAAAUUAUUUGGAGACAGCUACAUCGAAGAUGGUCACAAGUGACGGUGAUUGGCUAAGUCUAGACAAGUGUGGUGUUAGCUUAUUUGUCCCUGAUGGUGUGGUUGAUAAGAGCGAGGAAUUAUUUUCAUUAGAAGUUACUGACGAGGAAUGGAACAGGCCGCUAUUGCAAGAAGGUGAGACGCAAUUGAGUCCGGUCGUUCGAUGUUGUCCGAAAAAUUUCCAUUUCCGCAAGGGAGUUAUUCUAUCGUUUCCUCAUUGUGCAUCUCUAAAGAACACCAGCUGGCAGCUAUCGAUCUUGCAGAGGCCCGAAGAUACCAGUUCGCGAGAGUGGAGAAAAGUUUUGACACUCGGCCAAGAAACGCCCGGUACACCUAUAUUCGCGCAAGUCGACCCCGCCAAAGUUUAUUUAGUGUGUGAAUUCUUGACGGAUUUCGUUUUGAUUGGACAAAGUUUCAACGGCCUCGAUGCAAAGUUGUUGCGAUUGGGGCUAUUCAUCGGAAAGAGAACCGAAGAUAGCUUUUAUAAUUUAAACAUUCACGUGUUCAAUGACACUCCUUUCUCUUUUAACGAUUGUGUUGAAAGCGAAAGGCGCUCUGGUGGUUAUUUGGUUUGCGAGCCAAAGGUGAUUUGUUUUCAAGAAAACGCUUCCGAUCUGUGUCUGAAUAUUAGAGACGUUGGUGUUGGAUGGAAGAUACAGACUGGCGGUACGUAUCAGGAACUAUCCUACUCCCACAUAUGGAAUAUGACUGUACGUUCAUUACAAUAUGUAUUCGUUCUGCAGCAGCUAGACUCAAUUAACUGUCUAGAAUUAAAUAUUUCUAUCUUUCAAAAGCAGAAACAAUCGAGUUCAAUUAGUUUCAAUGUUAAAACGAACGAUUUGAAUUCAAACUUUAAUUGCAAUAAACGUUUUAGUUAUUCAGGUUUGGAAAAAGGUUACACUGUAAACAUUGUAGAAAAUCCUUUUAACUAUUCGUCACUCUCGAAAAAAGAAGGUCUUUAUGAUUUUGUCUAUAAGAAUAAUAGCAUUCUAAAGAAUAAUUUUCAUAUUGACAAUAAUUAUUAUAGAUGUAACGUACUGACGAAAUCGGAUAGAGUGAUAUUGUGUAAACUUCUCGAUUCGCAAUCGUCGAAAGGCAAUGAUUGGAGGUUGCUCGCUGAGAAAUUGAAAAUAACUUCGUACUACUACUAUUUCUCUAAUACUUGUUCCCCAACCGAGAACAUUCUUAAUCUUUGGCUGUGUAGGAAUAACGAUGUUAAUAUGCUUGUCAAUUUAUCACGAAUAUUUAGAGAAAUGUCUAGAGUCGAUUGUGCUACAGUUGUUGAAAGGCGCUGCUUUCCAAAUUAA